AUGGCUUCAUCCCAGGAGAAGAAUCUGACCUACUAUCACGCUGGGCCACUGUUCACAGUUGCCGACCUCCACAUGAAUGUUCUACUCUCCCAGGAGAUCAAUCGAGCCUCUGGCGGAAAGUAUCGUCCUCUGCUGCCCCAAGAUCUGGAGCAAAGAGGCAACGUGACUCCUCAGAACAUUCGUGACAAAGACAUUCGAGCGCUGCUGAGCUGUGACCUGGCCUUGUUCACUUACGACGGUGCGGAGCUUGACUCAGGGACUGUGGUCGAAUUCAUGAUUGCCAAGUUCGCCGACAUUCCAUCUGUCAUCCUUCGGACUGACUUCAGGGGCGGUGGAGACCAGAAGAGCGAGGACUCACCGGGCCAGCCUUGGAAUUUGAUGAGCUCAGAGAGCACGUAUACCGAUGGAUUGCGUUGA